UACUUCCGCGUUGCUCUUCCGCCUGUUGUACGUGCUUGCGGAGCAUCUAAGCCCCGCCUUCUAUUGGCUCUGACGCACCACUUACGUCUGGCCGUAAAAAAUAGAAACUUCCAAGAUGGCCGAGUCCGUGGACUCCAUGCAUUUCGCAGCGAACAGCCAAACAAAUUCCCCCCAAGCGCUGUUAGCUAAACGGCCGCCAGAGAGCCGACCGCAGUCUUCCAGCGACAUUCACCCACCGCCCACAAAGAAGAUCCGCGUGGAGGAGAAGCGGCCCAAGCACCGGAAAGUCAACGGAGAGGUGUGCACUGUGGAAAAACACAACGGGAAACCGAGUUGUGGGAGCCCAGCGAAAUGGAGUUUCGGCCCGGCCAAGGCGAGCCACUCCGCCGCCCCCACCGCUACCGCGGUGGUGGUGCCAGGAGCAGCAGCAGCUCCCGCACGGAAAAUUUUCAAAAUAAGCAACUUCCUCGCCUCGCCGUCCAAAGAGAAACGGGCGAAGGAGAAACGGCAUCGGGAGAAAAGCGGCGAAGCGCAGCGCAGUUCGGCCGCGGCAGUGGAGAAAGUCAGCCCCGCUAGCUGCCAUACAAAGACCGAGAACGGCGACGUGAAGACACCACAGAGAGAUUACAACAGCAAAGACAAGGAGCGGGACAGCAAGAAGGAAAGAAGCAGCAAAGAGUGGAAAAACCACAACCUGCCGCCAGAACGUGACAUCUCAAAGGAAAACGGGGAACUGGUGUUCCCUCUUCAGAGAGAGCCCAAAGAGAAGCCCAAAGCCAGUUCCCAAGAAGACCUCUUGCUCAAGAAGCUGAAGAAGAAGAAGAAAAAGAAGCACAAAGAUGGUGAGCGAGCCAAAGAGAGGCACGGACGCCCCAAAAUGUACCACCGCUCGUGCCAGACUGUUUAUUCCGGAGUGUCUCUUGGAUUGGCCGAGUUCCUCAGCCGAAUUAACGGCAACAGCGGCGGUGGAGGCGGACUGCUUCACAGCACACAGCACCCGGACCCCGCAUCUAUACCCGCCGCGGUCAGAGAGAGACUGGGCUACAUCUCACCGCUCCACUGCACGCCCACGCCGAGUCUGCCCGGGCUGGAGUUUGGCCACCUGAUUCACGUGGAGAUGCAGGCCAACGGGGGCGCGUCGGUGGUGCGCGCCUAUGGCGAGCAGCUCUCGGCCCUGCCGCCGGCCGAGAUGCAACGCUUUGCCCAGGAGUUUGUCACCUUGUCGUUCAGCGAGGAUGGAGCCCAGGCGGCGUGUUUCGUCAUGGGCAUCAUUCACGGAGCGGCGUCCUACCUCCCGGACUUUCUGGAUUACUUCUCCUACAAUUUCCCCAACGCCCCGGUAAAGAUGGAGGUGCUCGGGAAGAAGGACAUCGAGACCACCACCAUGGCCAACUUCCACACUCAGGUGAAGCGGACAUACUCCCAGGGAACGUACCGGGCCGGGGCCAUGCGGCAGGUCAGUCUGGUGGGUGCGGUUGAUGAGGAGGUCGGGGAUUACUUCCCCGAGUUCAUCCGCAUGUUGGAGGACUCUCCCUUUCUGGAGCGGACUCUGCCUUGGGGAACCUUCUCCAGUCUGCGGUUGCAAAGCCCCACGGAGAGCGACGACGGCCCCAUCAUGUGGGUCCGACCAGGAGAGCAGAUGAUCCCCAUGGCCGACAUGCCCAAGUCUCCCUUUAAAAGGAAAAGGUCCACCAAUGAGAUCAAGAACCUACAGUAUCUGCCCAGAGCCAGCGAGCCCCGCGAGAUGCUUUUCGAGGACCGGACGCGAGCCCACGCCGAUCACAUCGGGCAGGGUUUUGAGAGACAGACGACCGCCGCCGUGGGCGUGCUGAAGGCCGUACGCUGCGGAGAAGACAGCGACACACCUGCGCGCAUCACCAAAGACGUGGUGUGCUUUCACGCCGCAGACUUUCCAGACGUGGUCAUGAGGCUGCAGCUGGACCUCCACGAGCCGCCGCUGUCUCAGUGCGUCCAGUGGAUCGACGACGCCAAGCUGAACCAGCUGCGCCGAGAGGGCAUCCGCUAUGCCCGCAUCCAGCUCUACCACGACGACAUCUACUUCAUCCCCAGGGGCGUCAUCCACCAGUUCAAAACGGUGUCGGCUGUUUGCAGCUUGGCUUGGCACAUCCGACUCAAGCAGUACCACCAACACGAAGCUGUGGGGGAGGAAUUGGAGAAGUGUUCUCCUCGUGACGUCACGCUGCCUAUCAAGGAGGAGGAGCUCGAGGACAAGGUGAUGAAACUAGAGGAGGAGCUACCUUCGCCACUGCCCUGUAAGGAGGAAGAGGAGUCACGCGCGCUAAUGGAGGAGGAGGUGCAAGAGGUGAGAAAGGAGGAGGUGGAACAAUGUCCAGGUGAAGUUCAACAGGAAGUUGGCGCUUCCUUGAAGCCACCGCCAAUCAGGAAGGAGAACUACAGCGAGGAGGAGAGGCUCCACAAGACCGCCAAGAAGGAGAGGGCACGAUGGGAGAAGGAGGACAGGAGUAAAGAGGAAAAGGAGAGGAGUAAAGAGGAAAAGGAGAGGAGUAGAGAGGAAAAGGAGAGGAGUAGAGAAGAGGAGAGAAGUAAAGAGAAAGAGAGGACUAAAGAUGAGAGGGAAAGGACUAAAGAGGAGAGGACUAAAGAGGAGAAGGAGAGGAUUAAAGAGGAGAAGGAAAGGAGUAAAGAGGAGAAGGAACGGACUAAAGAGGACAAGGAUAGGAGCAAAGAGGAGAGAAAGGACAAGAGUAAACCUCGGGACAGGAAGCAUAAAGUCAAGGAUAAGGAGAGGGAGAAAGUCAAGACGGACAUAAUGCCGAUGGCGAGGAAGAAAGACAAGGAGCCUGGAGGAGGAGGUGGUGCUGUCUCAGUUUUGUCUCUCAACUCGCGGCCUGAGGAGGCGCGAGAUGGCUGCAAACACAAGUCAUCGCAAGGUAAGAAGGAGAAGAGCGGCCACCGGUCAGACGCUCUCACACCCAAAUCCGACGCAUCGGCACCCAAGUCGGACCCCAAAGCCUCGCCCAUCAAGCCGGCCCCACUCAGGCGAGACGGCAAGAAAGAGGAGCCCAAGAAGCCCCCCAGGACGCUCAUCACGAUUGACCUCUUUAAGCCCAUGGAGGCCCACCAGACGGUGGCGCUUUCUUUUAAAACUCACCAUCACCAACACGGCAGCGCCAGGCCCACAGACAACCGGACGCUGGUUCCCUUCAAAGGGACCAAAGUGAAAAGUGGGCCGCCGCUUGCAGACCCCCAAACGCAGCAGCAGCACUCGGCGCUUAAGCAAACACUCAAAACUCACAAAGACUUCCUCAUUUGAAUGUCGCCCCUUUUUUGUGGUGAGCAUCACACACACACACACACACACACACACUCCUAUACUACCCAGAAAAGGUUUGUUUUGCUUUUGGGGUGAACCUAAAGUGCACUAGCACCUUAGAACCAGGUGAACUUAGUUUGACCCCGAAGCUGAAUAGGUGUUACACCGGUGACCAUCUUCUAAUGCAAUUCUUUUCCGUGACUCCUCCAGUCACUCUGUUGCAACCUGCUGAUGCCACUCUAAGGUCAGUAGCCUCUUCACCUUGUCCUGAGACUGGCAGAGUCACCGAAAGGCACAAAAGUGGACAUCCUCAAAAACCGUUCUGAAUGUUGCCAUUGAGCUCCUUUUUCCAGAGCAGCAAGUUGUACAAAAAGUAGCAAAACUUUGAACAGGUUUCAAAUGAAGUUCUCCUGUAAAAGUUAGUGCAUUUUGUCCUCAACAUUUCCCCCCCAAAACUCAAUACAUCACAAACCUUUUGUGGCUAGUGUACGAGCAGGAUGCACUCCCACAUAUUCAAACGGAGGAAGACGAAUGUGAGCCAAGUAGCUCGCUUCAAAUUUUAUUUGUUCCGCGAAUGUACGCCGGUAUCUGUCAGUGCCUACUCACUACUUGGCAUUUUUUUAAUAGCAGCCACUGAAGGUACAAGACUCUCAAUUUCAAAGGAACCACACACACACACACACACAAUACAAUACAAUUGCUACACAAUAAUGAGCAUCUACUGAAUCAUGUUUGCCGUUUUUAAAUUGUUUUGGUUUCAAGCACUCCGCAAAUGUUGAUGCAUUGGGUUUUUUUCAGAUGGGACUUCCAAGCCAACACUGAGCUGUAAAUUAUUCUGUAUGUACCAAAAACUGUACAGCAUAAAUCGAUGUUAUUAGCACCACAUGAGGAAAUGUAUACAGAAAUUGCAUAUAUUUUUUUGUAAGACGAGUUUUAUUUUCCAUAGAACUUAUUUAUAUCAUUUAACUGUCUUGUUUUUAUUUGAGGCCAACGUACAUGGACAAGGUUGUUUAUUUUUUUGUUUUAAAGUGUAAAUACAUUUUAUUUCCUAAGAUAAAAGACUUGGUAGUGUGAUUUAUACUCUGAUCGGAACCUCAAUAAAUGGUUCAAAAAUA